AUGACUACGGUGAAGGUGGAACUUUUGCUCUGUAUUCGCGUACAUCUGUCGACACGUGAAAUUCAAGAGCAAACUCUCUAUCGAUCGGAAUUUUCCGUGAUGGAAUCUGACGACGAAUCAAAUACGGAAUAUUCCAACGUUAGUACGAGGAUAAAGAAGUUUCUAGAGAGAGAAGCUCAACUGCUCAGAACUUUUUCUUUCAGCGCUCAAAGGAAUUCAGUCCCGGUCGUCCAAAAUAACACAAGCAUUGCGGAACCGGAAUCUCCAAUAAUGUUGAUGUGGUUCGCUACAAAUGUAUGUAUCGGUGUGUACAAUGUUAUCACUUACGAACCAUCUAUUCUCAAAGCUGCAUCCCCACACUAUAUUCUGAAAUUCUUCGUGAGAAACGGAAAGACGGCAUUUGAUCUUCUUGGAGCUGUUUUCUUAAGCAUUAGAGUGGGGUUUCUCUUUCGUGGUCUAUCCGUCGUAAUUCUCACGUACGCCGGAGAAACAGCUUAUUUCACAAAGAACCCUGAAAAGAUCACGGAUGCUUAUUACAGCUCUAUUCCAGAGAAUGUUUACUGGCCUAUGUUCGUUAUUUCUACACUCGCUGCAGUCGUUUCGAGCCAAUUUAUGAUCUCUGCUACUUUUUCGAUCGUAAAACAGUCCCUCUCUCUCGAUUGCUUUCCAAGAGUUAACAUAAUUCAUACAUCUUCCAAGCAUCAAGGCCAAAUCUACUCCCCUGAAAUCAAUUACAUUCUUAUGAUUCUCACACUUGGCCUCGUGGUCGGAUACAAAGGUGGCGUUGAACUAGCAAACGCAUACGGUACGGUAUUGCGGUCAUAUAUGGGUAAUGAUCAUAACGACGUACAUGUUGGUAGAGUGCAUUUUCAUGACGUCGUUAUUAAAGAAAAUCCCACAAGAAGGAUGGGUUCCGUUUGCAUAUCGGCAUUCUUCUUGACUGUCGUACUAUCGUGGAGGUAUGGGAGAAUUAAGAAAACGACAUACGAAGCAGAACGAAAGAUGAGCAUUGAAGAACUCGAUCAAAUGUUGUCGUUAAACAACAAUAUAUACCGAACACAAGGGAUCUGCUUCUUCUUCACAAACCUUGUCUACGGCAUUCCACCUAUAACGGAAGAUAGGUACAAUGUGGGAAAACUAGGGAAUGAGGGCGUUUAUAGGUGUUUAGUUCGGUUCGGUUAUAAGGACUCUUGGAAUAUGAAAGAAGAUGAAUAUGUUGCUUCAGUGCUGACAGAACUUCAAGAGCUUACUAAUAUUACAACAAAUGAAGAGCACACAACUCAGACAGCUGCAGAGAAAGAGAUUGUAUACGUGGUAGGGAGGACUAUCCUUAAAGCAAACAAGGAAAAUGGAACGCUCGCACGGCUGACAAUAGGUUAUCUGUAUAGAUUUCUACAGAAGAAUAGUAGGGCAGCAGUUUCGACACUCGAGAUUCCACCAGAAAGAACAUUGCAGAUUGGAAUGACGUAUGAAAUCUAG